AUGCUCCCAAAAGCUGCUCGCCUGUGGGCGCUGCUUUGUUUAGCAUUGGUUGUCCAACUUGCUGUUUCGCAGAGCUUUGCGGUAGUUAGGAGAGACGACAAAUCGGCACCUGCCACGACUCUCAUAUCCUCAUCACCAGCUCCAGCAGAGACCAACACUGCGGGCAAGGAUGGCGAUAAGACAGACACGAAAUCAACCGGUAGCAAACCAAGCGCAACAGACUCGACUGGCACCAUCACUGGUGCACCAUCAUCGACCCAUGGCACCACAGGCUCCCCUCUGCCUACCAUUGUCACAGACGGGCCCUUGGAUAAUUCCACAUUCUUUAACACAACAAUUCCCGUCGGCCAGUUGCCAUUACCGCCUCAACUCACUCCCGGAUGGGGAGUCGCAGGAGUCAUAAUGCUCGUGACUGGAGUUAUUUACACCCUGGUUGGCAUAAAGAACAGAUGGAUUCACACCUUCUUUUCAACCGCCUACAUGACAGCCCUCGGUGUGUCGGUUUUGAUCGUAUACGUUAUGAAUGUCCCCAUUAGCAAUGCGUUGCAAGGCGGGUACGUUGUGGCUGUAGUCAUGUCAGGUUGCGCUGUUGGCGCUGCCGCAAUGUUCUUCAAAGAACUUACUGAAGGGUUUGGAUGCGCCCUCGGUGGAUUCUGCAUUAGCAUGUGGCUUCUCUGUUUAGUUCCUGGCGGGCUCUUACACUCAGUGCCAUCGAAAGCCAUAUUCAUCGCGAGCUUUACCAUUGUUGGGUUUGCCUUUUAUUUCAGCAGGUGGACGCGCGACUGGGCUCUUAUUGGCCUCAUUUCAUUCGGAGGUGCCACAAUCACCAUACUGGGUAUCGAUUGCUUCAGUCGUGCUGGCCUCAAAGAAUUCUGGGCAUAUGUAUGGGAUAUCAACGACAACCUAUUCCCCCUUGGGGCUGAUACCUACCCUGUGACCAAAGGCAUUCGAGUCGAAACAGCUGCUAUUAUAAUCAUAUUCUUGGUUGGUAUCAUUUCCCAAAUUAAACUGUGGAGAAUCGUCCGCGAGAAAAGAGAAAAAAGGGCUGCUGAACGUGCAGAGGACCAGCGAAAUUUGGAGCAAGAGGAAGAAAACGUCGGUCGCCAAAUCGAGGAGGCAAACAGCCGGGAACGCCGUCAAUGGGAGCGUGUAUAUGGAGAUGGUACUGGCGACAGUAUCACCGAGUCUCGUGUUACCGAUUUUGGAGACGCCGGAAGCGAGAAAAGGCUUCGGACUAGCUAUGUUGGAUCAAAACGGCGGACUUCAGCCGAGGUCAUUGAAAUGGCUGACAUGUCGGAGUCGGAUCAAUCAAGAAUUGGACCAGAUGCGCUGAUGGCCACCGAAGACAAUGAAGAGGGAAAAGUCACCGUUCGCGUCGCCGCCGAUGAUGUUCCCGAGUCAACUACCGAUGUUGAGGACGAGCACUUGGACGAAAAGGCGGCUUCAAGGCUCGAGGCAACUAUUCCUUCAGAAAACCAAAGACACUCGAAAGGUACUACCGCUAGCAAGCGCGUAUCCCAGGCUCAGACUGUCACGGAAGCUCCAGAAGUGAUUCCCUUGCCAUUUUCUGUUCCCGAAGGCGUCGACGUUAAAUCAGAGGGAGACAGAUCGUCGAUCGCCACCUUUGCGGAUGAUGCUGAUGCGUCGCUGGAGGCGCCUCGGAAGCAUAAGUCUCUUGCCAAGAGACUAUCUCAGGGAUCUGUUUCACUCCUUCGAAGCUUCUCCCAAAGAUCUGGUCGUACUGGAGGCGGAGGAGGGGACGGAACACCUGACGGCGGUGAGAGUACUGAAGAUCUGGUUUUGGGUAGGGUCCGUAGACCUGAGGAUGAUGAAAGGUCAUUAGCAGCUACUGUUGAUGAUGAGAGCGUUAGUGGAGGAGAUGUGCAUUCCGUAACUGGUGAUGACGGAUUGCACAAUCUCGCUGAGGAUGAGGGAACAACGAGGCGAAGCAUCGAGAUCAAUGCCCAGCUUGGCAAGCAAGAUGAUACGGCAAAACACAGUGUCGCCAAGAUGAAGCCCCAAACUAACUCUCGCCCAGCAGCAGUAGCCCCAGGACCACAAGUCGCUACUGAGAAGACAACGAAAGAGGACAUCUCGACUCGAGCUGCAUCUCCCCAGUUAGAAGAGGAAGUCGCAGAGCAGGGCGGUGCGACAUCUGCCAAUUUGAAUAUCCCCGAGGCUUCGGAACGAGCCAAGUCAAUUGCAACAGUUUCUUCCACACCAGCGAGCUUGACCAAAGAUCGUCUACCACGCUCUCUUUCAAAGGUUGCAAUGUCCUACAGAACCAAUGAAUGGGCAAAGCAUCUGAGUAACGCAGAGUGCCCUGAUCCAGACGAACUCCACGUGGCUUCCGCCAGAGCGACCAAAAAAUCCAAAGGUAAUGGAGAGAAAGCUGCUCCCGUCAAUGUGGACGAGUUGCAAAAGACAGCUGAGGAUGGAGCACCUGCACCUGCAGUCAGACGGUCGAUUUCUCAAGCUUCAGAGCUGGGAAAUAAGGCUCCAGUACCCAGACGUUCGUCAAAACAAGACUUGCCGCCAGCGACGAUUUCGAGUAUCGUCAUCCCAAAGUCUCCUUCAAUACCUGACGUGCCUGCUGAGCAGCGGGUGCCUUUGUCGCCUACAGCACCUGCUGCAGCACCACUAAGAAAGACUUCGUCCGGACUCCGUCAUUCGUCAUCUAAUUUCAUGCCUAUUGCUGAGGAGAACCCUGCUCGGCCUGCGGACGCUCCAAUUGCUGAAGAGGACACAUUUGAACAGCAACAAUUUGCCUCAAACAACUCAUCCGCCAUUGCGCUCGACACGCCCUCGGUGCCAGCAUCCAGCCGGUCUCCUAUUGCGGGCGUCGUUUCAUACUCGAGUCCCCAAACUCUAAUCGGGCAGCGUGAAAUGUUUCUUCGCAACAAAUCCCAGGGCAGUCUCUUAUCGAAUACUCCAGAGCCGACAUUCGCAGCCCACGGGCCGGGUAGCGACGCUGGGUCACUCUAUAACUACCCAAUGUAUGCAGCUGCGCUCAGUGUGGCCGACCCUGAUGAUGUACCCUUGAGUCAACGAAAGGAGCUCAUGCGGCAUGGCAGUUUGAUGUCAUUGUCACACUCACCGUCCCAGUCUGCGAUGGACAUCAACCGACCCAUGUCUGGAUUUGCAAGCUCUGAGAAUAUCGCUUUUAACUCUCACCAGCCCAAGAGGGUAUCUACACUUCCCACACCUGCUGCGCGAGAGAGCCAGUUAGCGAACUUUCGACAGUCGGUACAGCAUGAGCUUCGUUCUGGAACCCCAAUUAUCAUGUCUUCAGGACGCGAAACCCCCUUCGGACCAUCGACCUUGCUAGGUGGCGGACGCGAGGCAGAAGUGCAGCGCAAUAUUGAAAUGCAGCGUAACGUCUUGAUGGGACAGAAAGAAGCCGAAGCACAACGCAAAGAAAUGCAAAGACGUGAGAGAGAAUACGCAGACCGUGCUUUCGACGAGCGGAUGCGAAAUGGCGAGAUGCUGGAUGCUCACCGAGAGGCCAUGCGUAAAAUGCAGAAGGGAGCUCGUUAG